AUGGCCCAUUACGUCGCUCCCGAAACACCUUACGAGCAGCAUCUCGCCAUCAAUAUCCGCACGGCGACACCGCCAUGCAACGAUACCGAGAGCGCGUGGUAUGGCAAACCGACGCAGCCGGGUCCGCUCUCCCCGAUCACAGAUGCCGACUCUUCUACCAGCGACGCCGCAGGUCCCACUUACAGCCCCGUCGACAGCUUAGCACCUGCUAUGCCGAACGUGUCGUUCGCCCCGGCCCCCGACUGGCUUUCACCACAUUCCCUAGAUCCACGCCUGCCAGGUCCCUCGGCGCGUCGAAAUCGAAGCGUCAGUGACCCUCCCCCAUGCUCUCCCCAGGACAAUUAUCCUCCAAUGGGUCGCGCACGAGCGUCGACCGUCACAAAUCGUAUACCGUUCCCCGAACCCCAAAUUCCUGGCUCGAGCUUACGCUCUGACGCUCACAACGCUCCCUACCUCCCGAAUCCUUCGUAUCCCACCAUGGGGCCUUCGCCGUACCCAUCGCUUCGCCAACAACCUCAACAAAGUAUGGCCUACGCUAACCUGGGCGGCCUGUACUACCCUCCCGAUGACGACUUGACGCCGACGAACUUGUACCCCGAGUCGUCCGCAAUGCCGUCGCGGACUGGGGUGUCCUCGAGCGCGUAUGGAAUCCUCCCUUCAAAUGAUGCAAUGACGCCCACCUUCGACAAUUACGCUCAUUACCCCAACGUCGCUACGCCCUCGCCCAUGCCGCCGUGGAACAUGGACGUGCCCGCGCCGUCGGUUGUUCCGCCCUCAAGCGAGCUCGACGUCGACGGCGUCGCGCAGACGACCACAUGGUUCUCCAGAUUCGACCUCAGCUCGCGAUCAUCGAGCGCAAGCUCCAUGAGACAGCCCGCACCGAGCGCGCAUGGAUAUAAUGACUCGGCUGCGUAUGCUGGCGGCGCGUCAUCCAGCUCGGGCCUCGUCGAGGGGCCAAGCCGCACGGCGACCAAGGUCGAGCGUGGGCAGAUCGGGACGGAGGCGAUGACGCGUAAAUCCGACCAGCGGCGGAAGCACGACGCCAAGUUUCAUUGCCCAAAGCCGGGCUGUUUGAAGUCGUUCACACGAAGCCACAAUUUGCGCAAUCACCUCCGUUCGCACGAGCAGAAGAAGGCCUUCCCCUGCCCUAUGUGCGCCCUGCGUUUCAACAACCCAGGCGUGCGCGACUACCACAAGAAACGCUGUCGGGGUGCUGCCUCGCGCGAGAUAGAUUAG